AUGAGUGCUCAUCCGAUCACUGUCAUUGCGUGCGAUAUUGGUGGUGUAAUAAAAAAUCAAGUUAAUGAUGAGCCCAUCGAAGAUGCUGUAAAAUCUGUGAUCCAACUAUCAGAAAAUACAUCAAAUAUAGUUAUAUUCAUUUCCAAAUGUAAAGAUAGUUACAAACAGAAAUCGAAUGCAUGGUUGGCAACAUACAACCUAUCUCACAUUAGAACACAUUACUGUUUAGAAUAUGAAGAUAAAAUCAAAAUUGCUAAUGAUAACAAAGUUAACGUCAUGAUUGAUGACAAAAUGCAAGUGUUACGUACUUUUCCAUCGUCUGUAAUCAAGAUAUGGUUUUGUUCGGAUCCAAAGAAAAUCGAAGGAGCACGAAAAUUUCAAUCUGAUUUUGUUAACACCGUGAGAAUCGCUCAAAGCUGGAAAGAAGUGCUUGAACUCAUUCAAGCAAUAUAA